GAAGUCUAAGGAAUGUUCUACAUUAACAUUCUUCCAGGCUUGCAGAGGAGGUCAGGCCCCACUCCUGGGGAAGGAAACUCCCUCCGCUCCCUGCCUGGCCCUUGCAAGCCGCCCAGCUCCAGGGAGCGUGGCCUUCUCAAGUGCAGCUCCGCGCCGUCUCUUAGAUGCGGCUGGAGAUGCGGCGCUGGGCUCGCUGCUGCUGCUGGCUGGGGGUUUGCCUCUCGCUGCUGGCGGGAGCGGGAGGGGGCAGCGGCGCUGGAGGCUGCCGGGGCGCCCUGUGUGGCGACGGCGGCGGCGAUAGAGAUCCGCCCCGACAGCAGUGCCCGGGGCCCCGCUGCUCGGGCAGAGCCAGCCGGCCGUCCCGCUCCUUCCCUCACACCGCCCGCGGCAAGCAGGCGCCGAGCGCCCCGCACGCUGCCCCCCUCCCCGCCUUCCCCUCCAGGAGCGCGGCCGAGCUCAGCCCGGAGCUCCCUGCCCCGGCCGCUAGGGGCGCCGGCGAGAGCUGCCCGGGAGGGGACUGCGCCGCCCGGGCCCCCAACGGCACCAGCCGGGACUGCCAGGGCGUUGAAUGCAAACUGCCCCAGCGGCUCCGCCGCAAGACCCGGCCGGGCGGCAGGGCUCAGUGCGCCCAGCAGGGAGAGGCCUGCCCGGAGCCCGCCCUGCUCCGAGAGGCAGAGCGAGCCGCCCAGUUCCUCGCCGAAGACUUCGCCUACCCGGCCUCGGAGCUGGGCGUGCAGCUCACCUGCGACCUCAAACCAGGAGAAAAUGAAGUUCCAUCUGAAGAUGCACUAAUAUUACAACUGCAGCUUGCAAAAGGCCAAGAGAAAUUUGUUGAAAUGUUAAAAAGCCAACAGAAGAUAAUUGUGGAUUUGCAACAAAAACUUGCUGAACAACAGAGCACAUUAAUUAGCCAGCAACGAGAAAUUCUUGAACAACAAAGAAAAAUGUAUGAGCAAAUGGAUCUGAUAAAAGUCCAGUAUGGCAUGCUUUUCGACACAGUGAAACAAAUGUCAUUCCAGAGUUUGCAUGAGGAUAUUCAACAUUAUUUUGAAGCUCAGCUUCAAGGACUUCAGAACCAGGUCCGAAAUCGUCUCCAGAAGUCAUACUCUGUACAUAAAGUAGAAGUUGAUGCAAAAGUGAUUGAUGUUGGGGAGACUUUGCUGGACUGCGACCUUUGUGAAAGUGAUGAGUUUUGCAAUUUCCAAAAGACACCAUCACGGUGUGAAAAAUGCACCUUGUGCCCUGCUGGCUUUUUCCAAACGUCUGAAUGUUCUGCAAACGCUGAUCGGAUUUGCCAGGACAGAGACGAAUGCAUUGAAUCUCCCAACAUUUGUGGUGAGAGAAUAAAAUGCCUGAAUACUCCAGGUGGCUUCCGAUGCCUUGGAAUUGCUGAAAAAGAUGCAGCGUUGGGACAGUGUGGAGAGGAAUAUUUCUUUAAUAAAGAAAUGCAGGAAUGCCAGGCUUGUUUAGAGUGUGAAGACGGAAUAGUAGCUUUCCCUUGCUCCCCAGUCACUGACACUGUUUGUUCAGCAGACAGUGAGAACAAGCUUUCUGAAUCGUGGGCUGCAAACAUUAUUUUACCCUCGGCAAAGUCUGGCACAGCGCAGGUCUACCCUGGUUUAAACUUGAAGAUAAAGGGAAAGCUUCACUGUGAAGUCGUAUCUGUUGAAGAUAACAGCCUGGUAUUCAGGCAACAUGGUUUGAUGUGGACUGACCUCAAUUUUGCUGUAAAGCACAACUGCAGAAACUUUCUCCAGCUGUCCUUGAAAUUAAAUGACACUGAGGAAGGCUGUGAACUGAGUGGUGUUCGUAUCGAACAACCAGAAGGAAAAUAUUUUCAGAGCACCAGUUUAAGCAGCGCGGCGGAGGUGGAACCAAGCCAAACUCUCUCUCUGUUUCUGAAGAGUCCAAAUCAAUUCUGCAACCAAAGUAAAGACUUAAAUAUUUAUGACCUUAAUGCUCCACUCAGUUUGUUUUGGUUGUCCCAUGAUACAGGUGCGGUGGCUAUGAGUGCACAGAUGUCAACUGCAAUGCACUACCAAACUAACUAUCGACCUACUUUUAAAGUUAUUUCCGUUUCGGAUCCUUACAUGUUAAGUUUAUCUCACGAUGGCAGAGCUAUAAAGUUCACUGAAACGGGUGUCAUAAAAUUUGUUUUUCACCAAGCACUCUAUUCCAUGGGCCAUACAUGUGUUCGUGAAGGCUUUUCCUUGGUCUCUUAUAUCAAUAGGAAUGGUACUAACCGAGAGUUAAUGAACAUGUAUAAAUCUGGUGUAAAUUACAGAGACACAUCAAUAUCUGCUUCUGGGGCCACAAAAGUCAACAGUGGGGACCUGCUUAGCUUUGAGAUCCUUUCUCCAGCUCAAUGUAACGUUCGAUAUUUUGGAGACAGCUCUGGAAUUAGUAUGCUUAGCCUCAUCUGGAUCCCAUCUGCAGUUUCCACUGCCAUCUCAGCCACAGUCUCUGUUACACGACUGCCUACAGGAGCUGUCAGAAACAAAUUACUGGAUUUCACCCAGGUCUCAGCCAGUGAGAAACAGAUACAGCUUGUUUCUUCUGGGGAACUUGCUCAGAAGUACUUCAGAUUUGCUGAAAGGGGGGUUGCCAGCAUUGCUUUUGAUUUAAAGCUGAUCCACUCAUGUAAUGUACUCAAAGUGACUCUAAAUCAUUUGAUCAGUGAUCAGAUACAACCCACAGCAGUUGGCCAGCAAAUUGGAGGUCAGAUGCCUGAGGGAAGUAUAUGGACCAGUGUGUCCCUCCGCUCUUCUUUUGAGGUGCAUAAUGGCACAUUGAUAUCCAUUUCUCUUGACUGUGUGCGUGGAAGAAUCAAUCAGAUUGCUCAUGAACAUAGCACCAGCAUAUCUAUCUUAUGGAUUUCAUCUUAGUUACUUUCGAUUGAAGUAAGCCUGAAUGGACAGUUUGCAGUGGGUUUUGAAGUUUGUCAUAUUACAUAUGUUCAGUACCCUAGAUUGUGUGAACAUGUACAGAACAUCACAUUAAAAUAUUCUUGCCACUAGGAA